GCUGUUUUCCGGUUUCUUCAACAUCCUUCAGCUGACGGCCAUCGAUGAUUUCGAUCUUCCAGGCCGUGCCAGCGCGUUCAGCUUGAAUUUGUCCCGUCCAGUGGAGUGGAUCGCUACAUGUCCCAUCAUGCAGCUGAAGUUAGUCGUCCUGGCGGGCGCUCGUGUGCCCAGCUACCGGCGAUUCAUGAUGCCGUUGCUCUCCGUGGCGGUGCUGCUCUGCGGGACCGCCUCCAUGUUCACCGGCGACGCGCUGCGCUUCGGCUGGUAUGGAUUCGGCCUGUGCUUGGCAUCCAUCAUGUUCUACCACAACAUCCUGCAGAUCCGUGAGAACAGUGAGGGUGAAGAGGGUGCCUUCGUUGGAGACUCCGAUUUCCGCAAGCUCUCCUUGCUGUUGAUCGUCACAUGGAUCCCCUUCCCACUGUGGUUCAGUCUCAGUGUUGAGGGUUUCGGCGUCAUCACCGACUACCUGAUGAUUGAGAUGGGCUGGGUGGUUCUGAACAUCGUCUCUAAGUUCACCUUCAUCAUUUGGAUGCAGCGCAUGAAGAUGGUCCACCAGCGCAAGUUGGAGGCCGCGCGUGAGCUCUACGGCCUGUCGCCCACUGAUGAGGUGGCAGAGGACGAGUUGAAGGCCAAGGCCCAGGCGGUCACGAAGAAGGCCUCUGCGGCCGGCGGAGUGAGCGCGUCGACCUAUGGCUUGGGGUUUGGUGAGGAGGCAGAUAGUGAAGAGAAGAUGGUCGAAAUCGUUGCAGAGACGAUGGUGACCUUGGGAAUGAGCACUCACACGGAUCGCUUCUUGAAGCUCAUGGUGGAGAACGGUGUGACCAACACCGCUGUCCUGGAACGCCUCAACGCGGAGCGUUGCAUGGAGCUGAACCUGCCCUGGGUCCUGAUCGAAGCCUCACAGAAACGUUGGACCUCUGAAAAGAUGAGCUUGGGCCAGGACCAAGGCGGUGUGGUUCUGAAGGAGGAUCCGUUCAAGAAACUUUUGGAAGCGAACAAAGAGCGCAUGACAGGAAAGGGCUUGAUGCAAUCCCUGCCGGGCAUGAACAGUGGCGCCUCACCCAGCAACAAUGCGACUUACCUCGGCGGCAUCAACAUGCUCAUGUCUGACCACACCGAGCAGAUCCGCGAGAUCAUGGGGGAGGUGCUGAUGCCUUUUCAGGACGCUGUCAUGGAGAAACUGCACGGCAUGGAGGAGAACUUGCAACGUCAGAUGGAGCAAUCCCAAGAGGCGAUUGCCCAGCGGAUGGACUUCUCACAGGUGGCCAUCUUGCAGACCGUCAACGCCUGCCAAGUGUUGCUGCACAAGUUGGAUUCGUCGCAGGACAACGUGGUACAGAAGGUGGAUACCCAGAAGGUGGCUGUGGACAAUUUGUUGAACAGCAUCACAGGUGCCACGGACAACACCAAGCAGGUCUUGAUGGACACGGUGAACUCCUCUAGCAGCGUCUUGCUGCAGAAGCUCGAUAUCACGCAACAAGAUUUGCUGCAGCAGACCAAGGAGUCCCAUGCGGUGCUCGAGGGAGUUGCAACAAAGCAAACGGCUUUGUCCAAGCAGGUGGAUUCCGGACAUGAGUUCACUCGUAAACGCCUGGUGGAAAUGGAAGGCACCUUGGAACGUAAGAUGAGCGACACCAACGAAGAGACGCGCAAGGCCAAUGUGGAGAAGGCUGACCAUCUGCUGCAGAGCAUCCAGAAGGAGAUCGCUGCGCUGGCAGCGCAAUGCCAGGCCAUGUCUGAGAGCACGGAGAAAGCGACCACAGCGCAGGAGGAACGCAUGGUCGACGUGCGACGUCAAACGAUGCUGAUCUUGGACUUGGUAUCCAAUACACAAGACGCCAUCCAACAGAGUUCUGAAUCGCUGCAGAGUUUCACUCGUUCAGAGUACUUGCAAAACUCAGCAGCCAACAUGGAGAUGAAUUUGCGUGAGGUGGUGGUGCGCCAGCUGGCCGAGAUGAAGAACAACUUGCUGGGUGUGGAGGGUGACCAGGACACGAACCUGAAGAGUGCCGUCUGUGCCAUGGUGGAGCGCUUGGACGACGGCGUGCGGCGUUUGGAAAAGGCCUCCGAACAGAGCGCUGACGGCAGCAGUGAGUUGGAAUUGGUGCGUCAGGAGUUGACCCAAAUGGCGCAGAUGAUGGCGGAGAAACAGCAAGAAGCGGGGGAACAGAACUUGGCCCAAGUGAGUGAGGUUCUGCGCGGUGAGCUGUCCAAUUUUAAGGAUGCUCACGGUGCACUGCAAACUGAAAUUUCUCAGUCCGUGGCUGAGAAGGUUAAAGAGUUUUCCGAGCAGGUGAAUCAGAAUCUGCAACGUGUCGAGGCAUCCCUUGACACUAUGGUGAAUAAGGGAGAUGGGGCAAAGGCCGAAGGCCGCAAAGCCCGGGCCGAUCGUGGCUAAGCUAUAAAUACAGUAACAUUAAAUACUGUCACCAUGUCUGCGACGAGACCUCGCGGGGAAAUCCGCUCGAAGACUUCGGCGCGAUGUGGAAGCUGACUGGGAAGUGCCUAAAACCUGUCAGAUCAAAGCGGGAACAUCGAAC